CAGCUGUUUCAUUGCUGUUGCCGAAAGUAGCAGAGUCGAGGAAUACUCAUCGCAAAGCGUCCUAGAAAUAUGCGACGAAAUAUUAGCUCAUUCAUGAAACGUUUAUCAAAUUUCUGUCGUUCAGUGAAAAUGCAACUUUAAUUACGAUUGAUAAGAGGGUUCUCAAGGAGUAAACAAGUCAGUGUUCUAUCAGUCGUAGCUGAAAAUGGCGUGUCACAUGCGAAAACUGCUGUCGAGAACGGGUGGUUUGUGUCGCGUUAAUUCGGCGAGAUGGAUCUCCGUCUCUGCGUCUCUUCAAGGCAAACCCACCUUCAACUGGGAGGAUCCGUUCAAUCUGGAGUCGCAGCUGACGCAGGACGAGGUCCUGGUUAGGGAUCAGUUCCGUUCGUACUGUCAGGAGCGACUCCUGCCGCGCGUGAUUGAAGCGAAUCGCAAUGAGCACUUUGACAAGGCGGUCAUGCGGGAGAUGGGUCAACUCGGGGUCCUGGGCUGCAGUGUGAAGGGUUACGGCGGUACUCAGGUGUCCUCGGUGGCCUGCGGCCUGCUCGCCAAGGAGGUCGAGAGCGUCGACAGCGGGUUUCGAUCGGCCUUCUCGGUGCAAUCCUCCCUCGUCAUCGGCUCGAUUUACAUGUUCGGCAGCGAAGCUCAGAAGGAGCGAUACUUGCCUAAACUGAUCUCCGGAGAGGUAAUCGGUUGUUUCGGCUUGACGGAACCUAACCACGGUAGCGACCCAGGAUCCAUGGAGACGAGAGCCGUUUACGAUUCUGACAAAAAGGUUUACAAGCUGAACGGCAAUAAGACAUGGAUCUCAAACUCGCCUAUCGCCGAUGUGCUGGUGAUAUGGGCUAAGUGUGACGACGAUCAGAUUCGCGGCUUCAUCGUCGAUAGGGAAACCGCGUGUGAUCAAUUGUCCACUCCAAAAAUCAAGGGCAAGUUCUCUCUGCGAACGUCCAUCACCGGAAUGAUCUUGAUGGACAACGUGAUCGUGCCCGAGGAAAAUGUGCUGAACGUCCAAGGACUUAAAGGACCGUUCAGUUGUUUGAACAACGCUCGAUACGGCAUCGCCUGGGGCGCGUUGGGCUCGGCGGAGACCUGCUUCAAGAUCGCGCGAUCGUACACUUUGGAGAGGAAACAAUUCAAGAGGCCGUUGGCUGCGAAUCAACUCGUGCAGAAGAAACUCGCGGACAUGAUGUGCGACAUCGCGUUCGGUCUCCAAGCCUGCCUGCGCGUCGGUAGACUGAAGGACGAGGGCAGAGCCACGCCGGAAAUGGUCUCCAUAAUAAAGAGAAAUUCGACCGGCAAAGCGUUGGACGUCGCGCGUGUCGCGAGGGACUUGCUGGGCGGAAAUGGGAUUUCGGACGAGUACCACGUGAUCAGGCACAUGAUGAAUCUGGAGACCGUGAACACCUACGAAGGUACAAGCGAUAUUCACGCUUUAGUACUCGGAAGGGCAAUUACUGGCAUACCUGCGUUUACAGGAUAAGUACUGAGAGAUUUUUAAAUAUUCAUUGACGCGUUUUUAUCACUCAUAUUUGUUUGAAAGAAAUCGAGCGUUUUUUGUAUGUUUUGCGAAUAAUUUUGAUAAUGAAUAAAUCAUAUGAUACGUGAUGAAGAUUA